CAACACCUGUCAAACUCGUCAAUGGAAAUAUAACAUGAGGACCCGUUGAGGCCUUUGGCCUCAUCAGUGACGCAGAGCUGAUCGAUUUUAGAAUGUGGCAGUGAGAGGAGCUCAUAACACACGUAUUUAUCCUGCAGGAGAGCCGUACACAACGUUCAAAAAUGGUUCCGAUAGUGACUUUGCUUGUGGUGACAUUGGUCGCUGCGAGUUGGGGAGAACCACAGCAGAGGAACUGGACUCCUCAAGCCAUCUUAUACCUAAAAGGAGCACAAGGAGACCGCUCGGUGUUGCGGCGCACCAGCAGAGAGGAAGGGAACACGUUACACUUAGUGACUCACAAGCAGAGCAUUGAUGGACCCGGAGCGUCUUUGUCUUUCCUUCUUCUGGAGUUUCUGCAGCGAGCCACUGAAGGAGGUGGAGGUAAUCCAGAUUAUUACCACGACGAACAAGAGCUGAAUUCAAAAUAUGUGUGAAGACAUAUAUAUAUUUUAAUGUUAUUGCUGUAUUCAUCAUGUCUUCUUAUACGUGUUACUUGUUCCGGUUCGAGAACCCGUGGAGUAAAUAAAAUUCUUGUCAUGUCGGUUUGCUGUGUGUGAACAUUAAAGGAUUUCCUUUCACCUUUCCUGCACAAUUUAUCUUCCAGGCCCGGGGCAACGAUUAAGUAAUUUGCACCGCAUAAUGAUUAACACCACUAAGUCGUUCAUCAUC